AUGCCUUCCAAGGUCCCCGAAGCUGUCUUCCCUCCGCUCGAGCUCCGCGAGAUCGUCUAUGAGAUUGUCGACUUGCUUAAGGAUAGAGGCGAGACUAUCUCUUGCGGUGAGACGGCCGCAGGUGGUUUGAUCUCGGCAGCGAUCCUCUCGGUGCCCGGUGCGAGCGCAGUGUACAAAGGCGGCCUUACGCUCUACACUCUGGAGUCUCGCCUCGUGUAUGGCGGCUGGACGCAAGAGCAAAUUGACAAUUUCACCGGCCCGUCGAUUCACUGCGUGCUCGGUCUCGCCGAGCAUGUGCGGGGGCAGCUGGGCUCGACCUAUGCCGUGGCCGAGAGUGGGUCGGCUGGCCCUUCGAACUGGGGCAAGACCGACAACAUGAAGGCGGGCUACGUUGCGUUGGCCGUCGCGUCGGCCUCGGGCUGUGUGGAGCGGGAGAUCGAGACGGGGUUGGUGGACCGCGACGCGAACAUGGUCCGGUUCGCGGUCGAGGCAUUGCGGCUGGUCAAGGACGUGAUACAGGCCGACAUGGCCAGGUUCUCGGGGUGGCUGAACUGCUGA